AGCUUGUAUAGAUACAGUAUUUUCUUCUUUUUCAGGUUUCCAGUAUUCAGAACUACCUCGCAAUACUAAUAUAUAUCCAGUUGUGGGUGUUGCCCGGCGAUGUGAGUUACGCCUGGUGUCAGCAUAUUCCUCCCAACCAUCUUUGCAACUAAUGGCACUCUUGGUGUACAUGAUAUCUAAAUGUAAGACUAGAGGUUCGCGGCAGGGUUGCAAGGUCCCAAAAAUGCCACAAGGAGCAUCUAUGCAAUGGCUGGGGACUGUCUCACUGGAAAGAUCCCGUCUUCCCCCUGGAAUGCUGAAAGAGUACAAGAGUCGUUAUCCAUGGUUCACUGAGGAACAUUACAUAAAGCCUCGAACUCGUCUUGCAAAUCAUCAGCGACGCUUGCGGCAUAAAUCCCUAAUUCCCAAAGUGGUUCGACUUGCUGAUCCAUUCGAAGCUCCAAAACCAAUAACUUUUGUGCCUACCCUGGAUAGAUCACCCAAACGCAUCAUCAGAAGUCGUAAAUGUCAUUGUGGGUUAAGUAAUAACAAAAAAAUAUGUUGCCAUGAGAGAGUCUUGAAAUUCUUCAGAAAGCGAGAGAUAUCAUAUCUGAGUAGUAGUGAUGAUGAAGUGUUUCCACAUAUCUCAAAGAAAAGAAAAAAAUGUAAAAAGAGAAGUAAUACUUGACAUAGGGAGGAUACUUGUCAUUUUACUCACUGUUUUUAUAGAUUUGUUAUAUGCUGCAGUUAAAAACUGCUUUUAUUUUAUGAGGAAAUAAAGUAUAUCUAGGAAAAGGAAUUUUUAAACAAUAGAGCACAUCAGAAAGUUAGAAGAAGAAUUUUUCCAAUACCAAAAAAAUAAAGAAAGACAUUUAAAAAAAAUCUAGUUAUCCAAAAUAUUUGUUGCUCACCUUAAUGAAAUGAAUGUAUUGAUCUUCUCUUUCUCAUUUACUUUCUUUUUCUCCCCCCCUCCUCUUCCUCCUCCUCAUUAUUAUUAUUAUUAUUAUUAUUAUUAUUAUUAUUGUUGUUGUUGUUACGUUUAUUAUUGUUACUAUUAUUAUUAUUAUUAUUAUUAUUAUUAUUAUUAUUAUUAUUAUUGAUAUCAUCAUCAUCCUCAUUAUUAUCGUCACUGAAAUCAUUAUCAUUAAUAUUCUUUUGGUAUUAUAAGAAACAUAUUAUUAUUAUGAUUGUGGUGAAGAUCAUAUUUAUUAAUAUUAUUACAAUUUUAUUUAUUUAUUUUUAGUAUUACUAUUAUAAUGAUGAUAAUGCAGAGGAGGGUUGUAAAUGUACAAUAGACAAAUAAUAUUUAUUUAUCUUUGUUUUCCCUUUUUUAUUCAGAAGUAUUCAGUGAUAAAUUUAUUGAAUUCAGUUACAGUAAAGCCUUUCAUUUGGCAAGUAAUUAGUACUGAAAAACUGACUAAAUAUGACUAAUUAAACAAAUGGACAACAUAUAAUUGGUCCUGGAGUUUCUAUAUAGUUUUGCUUGUGUGGCACUUAAAUCUCAUUUUUUCUGCAUUUCAAUCUCAGAUACCAUGGUAUCUAGACAAUUGAUAGGUUUCUUCUUAUCUUCAUCUUUUUUUAAAGGAUGAUGAGAGGGAUGUUAUCUGUGAUCAUUUGUCUCCAGGUGUGUCUCACAUAGAGCUAUCUCUUCUUUUCCAUGCAUUACUCAUGCUUCUUACAUUUGGGUGUUUACUUGUACAUACCUUUGACAGUAUGACAGGAAUUUACACCCGACCAAACAUAUUGAGUAAAUAUUUGAAUCACUGCUAAUAAAUGCAUUUAGGACAUGAUGAUUACAUUUCAGUACUCAACAGAAGGAAACAAGAUUCUUAAAUUUGAUUAUAGUAUGUUACUUUUGUCACCUGUGCAAUUUGAUCAGCAAAUGUGAUGGUUAUCAGUUGGUUCAGUCUCCAAAUGUGAAUAUGCCAAAUGUGGGGCUUUAUUUCCACAUUAUUAGUUUUUUUCAAUUGUAUAAAUAUUUUUUUUAAUCAUAAAUGUUAUUAAUUUUGUAUUUACUUUUCUGAUAUUAAUUUUUGAUGGGCAACCUGUCAAUAAACUUACCUUUUUAAAUAAAUAUUUACCAAAGAAAGGUCACUGGGAUGAACAUUUUCUGUAGAAUCUGGAUUUCUGAUUUUUUUUCCUUUUCUUUUUUUUUCUAAACUCAAAAGAUGGAUUUGUUUUUUUUACAGAAUUAUUGAUAUUUCAUUAAUAUUUUUUUUUUCUAAUCCUAAGUUCACUUAAGAUUCUGGAGAGCCAUCAGACAUAAAGUUAUGGAACUAUAGAUACGUAUGAAUGAAAAUGAAAAUAAAAGCACAAAUUUGGGUCAGUCUUUUUUAGAAAAAAUAUUUAAAUAAAUAUUGAUGAGCCUCAUUUUAGUAACAUUUGUAGUUAUAUUCAGUUGUUAGUAAAUCCAGAUACAAACUGAAUAACUUUCCAGAGGAUCAGUGAAGUGGCCUGACCACAAUAUCCAUCAUAUGGGAUAUUUGCCAGUACACAUAUAUAGGUCUUAUCUUUCAGUUGCUACUUCCAAGGAAUUCCUUUUAGCGACAUUCAGAGAUGUUUGAAAAAAGUAAGCGUAUCAUGUUGCUUUUAUGGACUGCAUGAAUUAUUUAAAAAUUAAAUGUUUUGUCUGUUUUACAAAAAAACAGUAGAUGUAUUUAUCUCACUUUUAUAUUUGUGAUUUGCUGGAUAAUCUUUGUAAUAUAACAAGAUGAAAAUUUAUGGCUGCUCUUUAUGCAAGACAGUCCUUGGAAUUAGCAUCAGUAUCAUUAAAUUGGUGUUGAAUUUCUCAUUUAUGAUCCCUGAUUCUUCUUUAGUUAAUAUCUUUUAUCUGUUGAUCUCAGGAUAUACAGGUUGUUGGUGCUAUUAUUCGUGUAAGCUAUGACAGAAAAAUCCUAGGAACUCCUGUGUUAUGGUGAGAAAAUGGUACUACAAUAAAAGGGAACUAUGAAGAUGCAUGAACUUGGCAAUUGAAGAAUUCUUGAACAAAGGUGAAGACAGGAUUUUAAAGCUGCUAAGUUGAAAAAAAAAUCUAAGGUGAUAUUUUUGGAAGCUUAAGAUGGUUGGAUCAGUGGAACUUAAGGAAAUUCUGCUGGUGUUUCUUGCACAUUUACUUGUUUUAACCAUUAACCAUUUGCUAAUGGUUAUUAUUUUAGAUUUAACAAUAGUGUGUCAGAGAAAAAAAAAUAUAUAUAAUACAAUGGACAUGACUGACACAUGAUUUUAUGGUAUCUUGUGUCAUAUUAAAGCACAAUAUUUACAAAUAAAGUGACAAGCUUAUGUUGAAAAUAAGUGAAUAUUUUGUGUCUCUGGUGAAAAGUUGGCUAUGAUUCUUUGCAUCUGUUGCCAUUCCAGGAGGGUAAUACAACAAGUGUGGUAUUAUGCAGAUUUCAAAUUCAUACCCAGUAGUUGUGCAAACAUUAUACAGUAUCUGAUGUAUGAUGGAUCAGCCAACAAAGAAUAUCUUAAAUUAAAUUAUGCCACCCUUAUGCACAACUGUAGUUAUCCUUUAGAAAUAAAUUGUUGCAAUAUUUU